UGCGGAUACUUUUGAUCUUGAAUGCAGAAGAGUUACUUGUAAUGACAUGUGUAUAUACUGUGAUGUGUUCUAAUACCACUGCUUAUUGUUUGCAGACGCCAUCGUGUUGAGGUCUGCACGAUGACAACUGUGGUUUUUAAAACACUUCUCAUAGUAGAUUGGGUUUUUAAACUUCUGCUGGAGUAAACACUCUGACUCAAGAGGCUCACUUCAUCGAUAAUAACACGCCUGCACAGUUUACUUUGUGCAAACACGAGCACGACUCGCUAGCUCACCAUCUGCAGGCAGAUAAAUGCGCAGUUACAGCUGAGGCCUGGCGGCUGCCUCCGCUCACGUCUCCGUCCACAAACACCGGCCGGUGAACUGGAGGACACACCCCCCUCUCGUCCUUCCACCCACAGCGCUCGGAUUAAAAAACACAGUGAUUGACGCAGCGGCAGCAGCCAAUCAGAGCUCGCCUCGCCGUGGACGCGUGCCAGAAUGUAAUGUUUAUGCGCGCGGCGGACCAAUGGGUGCGAGGCAGAGGGGGCGUGGUGUCGGUUUGGAGGAAAGAGGCAAAACAAUCUUGAAUCGUCCGGACCGGGCGGCAGCUGGAGAUCCUGCUGGAGGCGGCGGUGGGAAAAAAACGAAAACUUUGCAUGUAGAGCAGAAAGUUUAAGAGUCCGAUCAAGUCGAGACAAUCCUGAUAAAUGUAUCCAACUCCAGCAAUUUGCACUAAAACCUAUAGAAAGCUGGUUUUCUUUCUUUAGUCUCCACUCGCCCCCCGCUCUGAAGAAAAAAAUGGAUUCCAGAUACAUUUUGGAGAAGUCGUCGGUUGGGACGAGGGUCGGCGGCGGCGUCGGGGCGGACUUCAACUGCCGGGCAGGCCGCUCCGUGCUCCGCGACGCCCGGGUCCUCAUGGCGGAGAAGAACGGCCCCGUGAUGCCGGUGUACACGCACGGGCCCGUCCUCUACAAAUUCGUAAUGGACGUCGGCUCGGCGGAGGUGAAAAGUGGAAGAACCUCAACGGGAGGGAGCGGACCUGCUCCGGGUGGUCGGAUAUUGCACGACGAGGAAAAAACUGGUCUUGGGGAUCAUAAAGACACUGGCUCCACUGGGAUCCUGAAGAGGGCCAGUCCCACUCACUGCCCCGGCAUCAAUGGUCUUUUGCCAGGUGGCUUCAAGCAUCUGGACAUCAGCAACCCAUGGAAACAGGCAGAGCUAGCCAACGGCUUCUGGGCAGCACAAGUGCAAAACGCACCACCGGCAGAUAGACAACCGCAUCCUUCCUCCCACAUCCCUGUCCCCAGAAACAGGAAGCCCUCAGGUCAUGCCGAUAAGGAAGUGAUGGCUGCCACCGUCCUGACCUCACUGUCCACAUCCCCGUUGGUGCUCUACCCUUCCUCUGCAUCUACAGUCCCAGAGGCAGCCAGCAGGGCUUGGAAAGAGGUGCUAUCAGCUAGCUACAGCAGUUCGACCAGCGGCAACUGGAGCUGGGAUGCCAGCGACCAAUCGGUGCCCUCCACACCGUCCCCUCCUCUCUCCAACGAUAAUACCAAGAACUUCCUGCUCUCAUCCCAGGGUGAUGAUGUCAAUGAGGAUAACACAGAGAGCACGCACUUCAUGUUUGAGGACCCCAUACCUCGGAAGCGAAAGAACUCCAUGAAGGUGAUGUUCAAGUGCUUGUGGAAGAACUGUGAAAAGGUCCUCAGCACUUCCUCAGGGAUCCAGCGACACAUCCGCACCGUCCACCUGGGGCGAAACAGCGACUCCGACUACAGCGACGGAGAGGAGGACUUUUACUACUCAGAGAUCGAGGUCAACAUGGACAGCCUAACAGAGGGCCUGUCCAGCCUCACACCCACCUCGCCCACCACGGCCGGUCCUCCGCCCGCCUUCCCACCACCGCUCACCGAUGUCCCUCACUCCGAACACAUCAACAUGUAUGGUUCGCAGAGCCACGUCCCAACACUGCUCAGCACAUCAGCUCCCUCCACGCUCUGCCACAUCCGCACUGACCACGCCUACCAGGCCACUGCUCCAGUGAGUAUCCCAGUGGGUCCCGAGCUGGCAGGGUUAGACAGUGGUAAUGGGACCCGGCCUGGAACUGGGAUUGAGAAUGGCAUCAGUGUGUCGUGGCAGUCCCCUCCUGUCAUUUUCAAAGGCACCCCGGGGCCUGUGACCCAUGUCCGAACUGUCAGCAUCGGGGAAAAGCGGCAGCCGGCAGCCAACACACACACCACUGUUAUUAAGAACCAUGCUUUAGUAACACCUCCAGCUAAGUCGAUACCAGGAACCAGGAAACCCCGUGGGGAGGCAAAGAAGUGCCGAAAGGUGUACGGCAUGGAGAAAAGAGACAUGUGGUGCACAGCCUGUCGCUGGAAAAAAGCCUGUCAGAGAUUCACCGACUAAUCCAGUCCCCUUCCCGCCUCUGUGAGAUGAGCUCUUCCUCACUCAGAGCGAUGGCGAGGUGGACUCUUCCACUGAGGAGACAAGGGGAGAUUUCUUCACGACGGAGCUCUCAGCGCUGCUUCCUCCAGCCCAGCUGGAGCUUCGCCUUCUCUUUCUCUUUCCGUUUCCAAACACAAAGAGAAAACAAAACCGGUGGGUUAAUAAAAAAAAAAAUCAGCAAGAAAAAAGAACUUUAUGUAGGUUUGGAGACUUUUUCUAUGUCUGAGAUAUUUUCACUCUAAAGAUGAAUAAUUAAUAACAGAUUUUUAAAUUGGAUUCUGAACCGUCUGAUUUGAUUUUUAUCACAUUUUUCACAGUCUCAACUCAAGGCAAUGUUUAAAGACUUCAGAUAAGCUUUUUGGAAUACUCUGUUGUCCAUUACAAGAGCAUCUUGUAAGCUACUUUUUGGGGGUGGAUCAUGACUCUUUUCGGAGGUUCAAGGGUUAACCAGAUUUACUUGGUAAGACCUCUGUAGCAUAUUUGUUUCGAAUUAUCACUGUUUAAGGGACUUCAAACCUACCAAAGGCAAGACGCCGGUUCACUUACAACCAACAGCGUAGGUGUAAGCUCAAUACCAAAUCCAACAUCACUGUCUUCUGCAGUCGUACUGUGUAUUGACUGUAUGCUCAUUCAAUAUCUUAACAACCAAUUAAAUUCAGUACAGCCAGCAACACUUAUAUGAAUUUAGCAAAAAAUGCACAAAAAACUCACACCAAGUGGUACAGAGUUUCCCCUUGACUUUCCAAAAAUAUUUUCUAGAGAUGUACACAAUACAUGAAAUAUAUGUCCCGCUCUCCUUUACUAUAAUUUUGCCCUAGAGAUAUGCUCCUUGAAGAAAUGAGUCAUCUUUUGGAGUAUCACUGUAACUGCAGUAGAGAGAGCGGAUAUCUAUUUCUUAUAUAGAGUUUAUUUUCAGCGAUGAGUUCUUGAAGCAACGAGCAGUUGCACUGUGCAAUCAGCAGGAUUACAGCAUUUAAUAUUGUAUUUCUUGCUUUGUGGUUGUCAUUUACUGACAGUUGAUGUUCUCAAAGAGAUUGUUUACCACAGUGAAUGAUACAUGAAUGAUAACUGCCCUUUGAAACUAACUUAUAGUCUGACUGGUGUAAAUUGUGUAUGUCGGUAAAUAACAGAGAUUGUAACCCAACAAUCACUACCUGAUAAUAAGUCAGGUCUUCUUAAUCAUUUGUUACAGUUUUCAAUGGAGAGGUUACACAAUCUGUAGUAGUUGGAAUAAAUAUAAUUAACCAGCAUUAAGAUAUUAGUAGAUUCCCCAAGUUAUCUUCAUAGGAAUCAAGACUUUUCCCCUUGUGUUUCUAGAUGUUUAAUCUUUUUAAAAUGAUCUUUCACUCUGGUCUGACAUUUAAAAUUAAAAAAGUAAGGAUCUAAUCAAGUUGAGUGCAGAGCAGAGGUGUUGGUAGACGACUGUAGACUGAUUCAAGUGUAGCAAAAGUUUUAAAAUGUUGUACCAAAGUGGAGUCUUACUUUUUUAGAAUAGGUCUCUUAUAGUAAAUAGUAGCUGGCCAUGUUUCAAACUUUAGAUAAAAUACAGGUGGUAGAUUUAUAGUUAGUUAGAAAUUGUCAUAGUAAUGUAAAAUUUAAUAUAUCCCUUUUUUUAAACAAUUUCCAUCGGCCAUUCUUAGAAAAUGUCAUCCUUUAAAUUUAAACCCUAAUUGUUUGUUGCUUUGCAUCUGUAUCAGCUGUCCAAGAUAUAAAACAAAACAAAGACAGCAGUGAUCUUACAAUAUUUAGAGAUAUUUGUCCAAUACUGUGACACAAGUCAACUAGUCAUUACCCAACUCAAACUGUGCACCUGCAGGGUGAAACACGUGUAAUUGACCUAAGGACAUUUAUGAAAAACAUAAUAAUAAUGAUGAAAGUAGAAGACAGAGCCCCACAUCAGAAGCCAUAAUUUAAGUAAUUCCCAUGUAGAGAAAUUCCUACAAGAGCUGAACUUUUUCACGUUACCCCUCAUUAGUUGUGGAUGAUCUUCCGAGUUGCACUCAAGAUUUUAAUAAGCUUGUUUCUCAUAGCCCAUACACUAAAGCUAACUUAUAUAUUUAUGUAGCCCCAAAAUCACAAAUUUGCCUCAAAGUACUUCACAGUGUACAACGUGUGACAGCCUCUAUCCUUAGACCCACAAAAAAAACAAAUUUAACCUUUAUCAGGCAUUUUACUGAUCUGGAGGCAGAGUCGGGACAGUAGAUGAAUAUUUUUGAAGAGAUUCACUCUUUGCGUGUUUGUCAGCAGCGUUUUGAAUGUAGAUUCUGCUGUGCGUCCUCUACUCUCUAAGUGCUCCUGACAUUGACCGUACCUAGUCACCAUAGCAACGUAUGUUACACACACGCAGAGACAUAAAGAGUGCCUGUCCAUCCCUGUUAAAGCAGGCCAACUUCAAGCGUACUUAGAAUCAGUGCGACCUCACACAUCUGUCGCCAUAGAAACACCUGCACUGUCCUCUGCCGCCACAGGGUCACUCAAGCUGUCGGCUAACGCCACCUGAUCGUAGUUGACCAGUUACAAUCUCUCCACGAAGGACGAGGAGCAGAUGGCUGAUUGUUCAUUGCCGGCUCGAUGUCAAUGAGCAAAAAGAAAACACAUGAAGCACACGUUUGAUUGCUGUGAGAAAAAGUAGUUAUUAAUAUGUCCUUCAGUUCCUGUUGUAAAACCAGCAUGACGUUUUUAAAAUUACCAAUCCUGCCUGUAAAGUGUUUAUUCCAGUGGUGUCCCAGAUAAGCUAGGCCUCCCCCCCUCUCUCUCUCUUGGGAGGCCUCUUCCGGUCAGAAACUUCACAAAGUGCCAAUGAAAAGAACAUUAAAAGGAAAAGGUAUACUGACCUGAUGAAAUUGCACUAUGUUGCACUGCGCAAAGACAUGUUUUUAUACAUGGACAUUUUAUAUACAAACAUUUUUGAAGUUUAUUUUCGAGGGGGGUUGGGAGGGGUGUGUCGUCACUGCCCGAUGGAGUAAAAUGGGGUAUCAGGGAAUGGGGUCUCUGUACCUUUUAUUGUCGGGGGCCCCCCCAUUAUCAGUUCGACAGUUGAUGUCUUGCUCUCUGUGUCGGAUUUAUCGCACUAAACAUUGUGGUGCUGUCAGUCGUGGAAGUGUGGUACUGGGAAGUACAGUGUGGUACUUAGGUAGUCGGUCACUUUGCCUUUCCUUGGAGGAGUGCCAAGGGCCGAGAGCAGCACCUGCCUUGUCUCAGUGAUGGGAAAACACCGGUCUCAUUCGGUAGCUACACAUUAUCGUCUUGGUAACAGAUGCUUAACAGCGUUUUAUCGCCUGUAGUUUCUUUCAUAUUACACACACACACACACACUUUUUAUCCAUAAAGCUCCUCUUUGUGCUUCCUUUACUUAAACAAAAAACAGAAAAAGAAAAAAACAGGUUCAUGCUUCUUUACAUUUUACUGAGCUGAGGUAGAAACUGUUAGUGCUGGAUAUCACUUUUAAUUCUGUUAUCUCUAGUUUGGUCAAAUAUCGAGUGUCAAAUGCAGCCCAUCAGCUCCCUCUCCAUCCUCAGUGUAAGCACUUUUAGAUUCCACCAGCAGGGUCAGAGGCCGAUGCCUAUGCCAGCAGUGAAUUGGACUGUUGGCACAUGAUCCACUGACAGGUUCCUGUGCUUGUUGGCACCGCUCCGCCUUUUAAAAAGAUGCACUAAACUGGCCAGUGGCGAUUAAGGCCCAGGCUGCAUCCUUAAGAGCCCGGCUUGGCUAGGACUAGGGGUCAUCGUAGCCAGAGAGAACUCUGGGUACAAGCAACAAGAGAACGUUAUUGGUGGAUUUCUGCAAAAUAGAUCAACAAAUGAAAUCCUUCCUGUAGAAAGCGAGAGGUGGAGAUGAAAAGCUGACGUCAUGGGCGUGCAGAGAAACUGGAGAUUGACAGUGGAAAGAAAUCAGAUGUGAGACGCGCAGUGACGAUAUUGAUGGAUUUUGCUGUUUCAGGGCUAUCUUGUACAUAUGCAACAAAAGAGAACCGUGAGGCUUUUUUCAUAUAUUGUUGUUUUCUUUGUUGUUGUAUCUCUUAUAUGAAAAGGAAACUUUUUUUUUUACAGUGCAGUUGCUCAGAAUAUUUUUCUUUCAUUUUUUAAAGAGUCAAUUGAGAAGCUAUAGUGAACAUAACACGUAAUGAAUCAAUGUAUAUUGUAGCUUAGAGGCAAAGGGGAGAAAAACAAAACCUGUUGAAUGUAAAACCUACAAAAAGAAAAGUCUUUUUUUUUGUUGAUAUAUUUGUUGGCUUGUUAUGUACUGCCUGUAGAGAACCAGUAGCGCGUCCAGAUUUUUUGCAUCCAAACCUUUAACACCCACAGACAGCUGUCGCCACACUGCUAGAUCAUAACACAACCAUGCAGUAUUGCUUUACUAUCUCACUCUGUAAUAAUGUGCUUUAUAAUGGAACAAGAACUAACUUGAGCUGUUCUGGUGACAUCCGGGCGACUCGCUCACACUGUUGCUGUUUCGUCUAUUUUUUGUCUUUUCUCCCUGCCAUGUAGAAUUUGUUUUGGAAUGUGUGGUUAUCGUGGAUGUUGUUUGUGGUUGUGACAUUAAGGUGUUGACAGGCAGGAUAACCUUCGCCCUUUUUUUGGUCAUGAUGAAAAGUUUUUUAACCUUGCGGGAACCUGUAUCCUGCCCUGCACAUUCCAACAGAUGGCACGCUUUUAGUGUUUUCCAUUCGUUUCCUACUGGACAUAUCCUUCCCAUUUCCUUACUCACUACAGUGAUUAUUCAUUAAUCACCUUGUCCUUUUCCAUUUCCUGUUCGUGUGCUCUCCAGCUUUACUGUGGUCCCACCUAAGCCUUUACCCAGUAUAUUAAGCUAAACUAAACCCUUGAAAUGUGCAUUAAAAAAAAGCCUUCGUAUUUUCCAAAUAUGUCAAAAAUUUGUGUGCUGCUUUCUUGAAUGUCAGUUUUCAUUUGUGUGUAAACCAGCAGCAGCAAAGCCAAUAGAUCUCCUUCCAAAUCAAAUGUAAUGCAUUGCAAUGGCAGCUCCACUCAGUUUUUCGGCUUCUUCUACUGUGCUUUUAUCGUUUGUCCAGGCUUUUACACUCUGUCUGUCACAUCUCUUUGGAUGACCAUUUUUUCCCCGUUGUGUUUUUACUGAGCCGCACACUGGCUGGUGUUAAAACAGACUCUUUUUUUUUUUGCUUUUGUUGCCUCGUUUUCUUAUUGAUUGAUUGAUUGAUCGAUUGAUUGUCUGGUUGAGUUUGAGGUUGUUUUGCAUGUCUAGCAUCGCUCAUUUCUUUCCCGUUUGUUUUUGUGUUAGGAGAAAGAACACUGAAGGGUUUUUAUGUGUUAGAUGUCCCCUUUCAGGAACUGAUAACCCAGGGCUGAUUUAGCUUGUUUUCCUCUAAAUGCAAACAUGCUCAUUGCUGACCGACACCCACACAUGCACGGCGCAUAUUUUGAGGGAAACACUACGUCAGGCUUGGGUCAUCACUGGAGGGUGAGAUUCCUCCUGUGUGUGGGCUCCGCCUCUGGUCUUCAUCAGCAGAGUCCCACACACGGAGGAAGCACUUUCUGAGGAGUGGUGCACUCAAAGAGUAUUUGUGUGAAUGUCAAGCCUGUGACUAGUGCUUGAAAAGAUGGAUGACCAUGUAUGAUGCUGAUAAUGUGAUCUAUGUGAUAUAAUGUGACAGAAAGAAAAUAAAUCUGAAUGGAAGAAAAGACUGGUGUCCCACU